UGUGUGGCGCUCGACGGGAAGUGGACGCGCAUGAGCUGAUAAUGAGAGUUAAUAUUUAACCUCAGCCUUCCCUUCCCUGGCGGAAUCUUGUUUGUUUGCAACUGCAUCAGCCUUGGCGUUGGGUGUUACGCCCCAUUGCAUAUGAGUUCCCUUAUAUGAACGUCAAGGUAACCCCGAUGAACUGCCGGCUCAUAGUAGAAUUACCACGGUACAAAUUGCAAUGAACAUCUGCGUCUUUACAACAUCGGAUAUCACGCCAGAGGAAGAUGUCACCUUCCUAACUCCUUCUCUCGCGAGCCCCAUUACCACGUCCUUCAAGUCUAUCCCAUGGCUCGAAAUCAAGGACCGAUUUCGAAUCCUUUCCGACCCCGUAGAUGACAAGAUCUACACGCAGUUCUUCUUGAUCCUGGACGCGCAGCUAUCUCAAGAUCGCAAGGUGACUAUUGUGCAACGAGACGUCGAGUACGUGACGCCUGAAGGCCGCGUAUGCCUUGCUGGCCUGGGGACGAGGCAGGAUUUGAAAAAGAUGUGGGUCUGGAAAAGACACCGGGUGCCUUUCGAAGAGACGUAG